GAGGAGGGGGAGGGCGGUGAGUCUCUACGGGAGGAUAGUCCCGUUAAACGCAGCUUAGAAGCGGACAUUUUUGCCCAACGCCCGCACGGAUCAAAGAAAAGAAAAGAACAGAAGAAGAAGAAAGUUAAACAGUUCUUCCUUAUUGAGGUCAAAGUUCACCAGACAUCAUGGCAGAUGAAGCAGACAUGCGCAACGAACUGGCCGACCUGCAGACACGUGCCGACCAGAUUGCAGAUGAGAGUAAAGAUGCCGGCAUCAGGACUCUGGUCAUGUUGGAUGAGCAGGGAGAACAACUGGAGCGCAUCGAGGAGGGGAUGGACCAAAUCAAUAAGGACAUGAUGGAUGCAGAAAAGAAUCUGAACAAUCUAGGACAGUUCUGUGGUCUAUGUACAUGUCCCUGUAACAAGAUUAAGGGUGGGGGCCAGGCCUGGGGAGGGAACCAGGAUGGAGUGGUGAACAGCCAGCCAGGAGCUCGAGUUGUAGACGAACGUGAACAGAUGGCCAUCAGUGGGGGCUUCAUUCGCAGGGUAACAAAUGAUGCACGGGAGAAUGAGAUGGAUGAGAACCUGGAACAGGUGGGCGGAAUCAUUGGCAACCUGCGUCACAUGGCGUUAGACAUGGGCCAGGAGAUCGACACCCAGAACCGCCAGAUUGAAAGGAUCAUGGAGAAGGCUGAUUCCAACAAGACCAGGAUUGACGAGGCCAACCAGCGGGCUACAAAGAUGUUGGGCAGUGGCUAAACUGCAGCUUAAAGUGCUCUCAUCCCUGUUAAACCCCAGUCAGCCUGAAAAUGAGACCAACCAAACCAAACCCAGCCCUGCCCCCAACACCAAUGCCGACAGCAGGCGCUGCAAAUUCAUGCUUUUCUUGUGAUACUGGUAGAAGUUUGCACACAUGCACAUAUCAUACAUCGCUUCCCUCCCUCUCUCCUUUCCCUCACUAACGCUCCAUCUUUUCCCACUGUUGUUGUUAAUGAUGUUCUGUGAAGUCUCUCUUUGAACUUUGCUCCUAUAUAAUCCCAUUACACAUUACACUCAGACCUUCUCCAUGCUGUACAUAGAGCAUCUUUAACGGCUUCGGUGAUUUAGAUCACUUGUCCUCUUCUCUUUAUUCUUUCUUUUUUUAAUUCUUUGUGUAAAAUAAACUGUAUUUACAUCUUUAUUUUCACACUGUCCUUUUCCUGUGUCAGUAUUCUGGUAUUUGAGACAAGCUUUGCCUGAUUCACCACAGGAUGGGUUCAGAAAGCCUCCCGUCAAGGGAGAAAUGCGCCUCAAACUGUGCUGCCAGCCAAACAGCAUCUCCUUGCUCUGAUGCAAUUUGCCCACAUUUAAAUGAAGCUUUAUUCAUGCAUUUAAAGAAAAAAAUGGCCCUACUUUUAUACAUUUCUGCUAUGGCAUGAAGCAUUAAAGACCAAUGAUGUUUGUAACACGCAUUUAGUGGGAAAUAUCUCUGAAGAGCUGCUGGUAAUUAUGUCUCAGAAGAAAAAGAGGAAGCAAAGCAAUCUGCAUUUACAAAAAUGAGCACGUCACAAACAGUAAGUAAUGAAUAUCAAUUAAUGUUGCUUCUACAAAAAAAUGAUCAAAAAAUGUAUUUUGUUGCUAUUUUACAUUCAGAAUACUAAACUUUAUAGAACAUUUCAACAGAUAAGUCUUCACGUCCAGAGGUUGUAGUCACAAUCUUGUUCAUAUUUGAAUGUACAUAUUUAUAUGUACAUAUUUGUUUAAACUGAAUGCAAACUAUGGUAUUGAGCAAACAUUUUUAACUAAAUUAGUAUCAGAAAUAUCUGCGUUAAAAACAUCAACAUCAUCACUGAUUUUUAAAUGACAUAUAAAGAUAAUUGUCUCCCCUUCUCUCUCUGACACUUCUGUUAUAUUUAGAUUGUGUAGCAAGGACAACUCCAAUUUGUUGCAAAAAGGAUGCACACAUGUACUGGACACACAUGUUUUWUUUUCUUUUUUAUGUCCAACAUUUAGAAAUAACACUUUUUAUUCUGUGAUUCAAAUACUAAGAAAGAGCAAAUGAAUGGGGCAAAAGAUGAGAAGCUAAAACAAAGCACUGCCCAUUCUUGGUGAAUCAUGCCUGCUUUAUAUUUGUCAGUAAGGAGGUAAUAAUACUACACAAUAAAUCCAGUCAUUUUGUCAUAGAAAUAGUGAUAAUCAAUGUUUAUAUGCUGUAUAAAGACAUUUUAUGUGGAUGUGAAACUGCUCAAAUCUUACUAGUAUUGCAUUUGAGCUGCUUGAAUGGAAAUGUGGCUUAUUGGUCAGAGCUGUGCCAGUAUAUUUACCAACCUUAUUAUUGGAACAGUAUUAAAAGGAUUUGAUGCCAUAGGAUUGUGUAGUUUUACCCUUUUUCCUCAGGGAGCGAAAUCUGACCUCUUAAAAACAAGGGUUGAAUAAAUCUAUUCACACAUUGAAAUCUAUCAAAACUCCACAUGUGUAAAUAUAUAUACUUUAUAUGUGAGUGCAUUUAUUUAUGAUUUGACAGAAUUAUCAAGUUUAAAUAUCAGGCUGUAACAGCAAACAUGAGAUUUUAAAAGAAGACCAAAGCAGUGAGUUUUAGGUGUUGAGCACAUUUAAAGAAAAGGUCAACGACCUCUUCACAUCAUUCAACCCUUUCAGAGAUGAAAUGGUUCAUUCAUUCAUUAAGUGUGUUUUGCAUGUCCUUCAGCUGCUCGAAAACAAUAAAUAAUUCAUUUAUUCAGGCAAAAAAAUUAAAAAAAGAAAUCAAAUAAAUAUACUAACUUGGCAACAGCAUGCUACGUAAUGUAUGUAGACCACUCAUAUUUAUCUGCAAUAGUGCCACUCUGUUCUAUAUCUAUCAUUCUGUGACCAUCACUGUAAAAUAUCAUGUACCUUGAUAAUUGCCAAUAAAACCAUCAAAACUGCAGGACCAAA